CGCGGAGCCGGCAGUCAGAGCAGAGCUGACAGUCGGACAUCAUGAGAGAUGUCGAGACUCGCUUCGGUUGCCGUGUAUUGAUCGAACACGAAGAUGAAAGGAUUAAAGUCCAGCAAUUAAAGUUGAACACGGUGAAACUGUGAUGUUCUCUAAAUGUUCUGCAAGAGUUGACUAAGCAGAGUGAAGAUGAAGCCACUCACCGUGCCUCUUCUCCUCCUGGUCCUGCUCGCCGUUGCAGGACUGAGCCGAGCCCAAGUCCAAACCUCUUUUUUGGACUGGUCCAGGAUCCUUCCGAGUCUCAGCCGUCCGGCGAACCACAGCCGGAUCUUCUACGCCGUGAUGUUUGACGCAGGGAGCACGGGAACUCGCAUUCACGUCUACACCUUCAUCCAGAGCGACUCGGCGGAGCUGCCUGUUUUGGACAAUGAGAUGUUCCAUUCCAUAAAGCCCGGUUUGUCGGCAUAUGCUGACUCCCCUGAAAUGGCCGGACAAACAGUGAGGAUGCUGUUAAAGGUGGCCAAGAAGACGGUGCCUCGUCUGGUGUGGAAGAGAACUCCUUUAGUUCUCAGAGCCACAGCAGGACUUCGACUGCUGUCUGCAGAGAAAGCUCACGCUAUUCUGGACCAGGUUCAACAUGUGUUUGAUGAAUCUCCUUUCUUGGUCCCAGACAACAGCGUCAGCAUAAUGAACGGCACAAACGAAGGAAUCCUGGCUUGGAUAACUGUGAACUUUCUAACAGGGCACCUGAAAGCACAAAGUAAGAAGACAGUGGGGAUUCUGGAUUUAGGAGGAGGAUCCACACAGAUCACUUUCCUGCCCAAACUGAGGAAAACCAUUGAAAGCGCUCCUGUUGCUGAUUUCGUUGCCAGAUUUGAAUUCUUCAACUCAACGUUUGAAUUAUAUACUCACAGUUAUCUCGGACAUGGACUAAUGGCAGCGCGGCUGGCCACGCUGGGCGCUCUGGGUGCAGAAGGGUUGGAGUGGCAGGUUUUUAAAAGUUCCUGUCUGCCAAAGAAGUUCAGGGAUGAAUGGAGCUUUGGAGGGCUGACGUACCGAGUGAGCGGGGACCCAGAUGGUUAUGCAGGAUACAAGCUUUGUUAUCAGGAAGUACUUAAGGUGGUGAAGGGGAUUAUUCAUCAGCCGUACGAGCUAGAAGACAGCAAUGUUUUCUAUGCUUUCUCCUAUUACUUUGACAGAGCUGUGGAUGCAGGCCUUAUCGAUGGCGUCCAAGGAGGGAUGCUGGAGGUCAGAGACUUCAAGAAGAGAGCCAAAGAGGUGUGCAAUAAGAUGACCAAGUACCCUCCCAUCAGUCCUUUCCUGUGCAUGGACAUGACCUACAUCACCUGCCUGCUCAAGGAUGGCUUCGGCUUUAAGGAGAGCACUGUGCUGCAGUGGUUUUGCAAAUUGCAGAUGGACCCUGUUCACUCCAUAGACACCAGUGUUAUUCCUGUAGCUUGAAAGACAGCUACUUUUGAUGAAACUGGGCUUGUAGCACAUUGUCUGCCUUGCAACAAUGGGAAAGAGGCACCGUUUAUGUUUUGACAACCUAUAUCUAACGAGUUAUUGAUGCUGGAAGUCUGAAUCUGUGAAUAUCUUUCCAACUUUACUGAACUUGGGGCCACUACCACCUAAGGAGUGAUAUAUUUAAUUUUGAAAAAAGCAUUUAGCCAUACUUAAAGCUUUAAGUGCUUUAUUAACACAGAACUAAACAUUUUGUAUUGUUUUAUUAUCACAGGUUCUGUCUGAAAAGAGGUGGCAUCAUUUUAAACAGUGAAAUCAAACUAACAAAAUGUAAUGACCAACCAGUGAGCAAUACUGGAUUCUGCAAAAACAUAAACAGCUUUUUAAAAAUCUAAAUCUUAUCUUAACACAGUUAAUGUAUUAACUUAUUUUUGUGUGUAUGCAUGUAUUUAUUUAUUUAGUACUGUUAACACAGAGUUCUGAGUGAGUUUUUCUUAAGAUAGGCAAAGGCCAUUUAUUGAUUACAUAUAGGCUAUUAAAUGUUUAUUAAAAACUAAAAAGCAUUUAAAAAAAACAACUUAGGCAUUUAUUGAGUCACUAAAAUACUGUAGAGUACAGACCACAUCAACAAGUAAAUUUCCUUCACUAAGCCAGCCCUCUGGACUUCCAGGAAGCUGUGUUCCUAUUGGCUGUCCAGGUGGCUGCUUGGUGUUAUCAGGAACACCUGAGCAGCUCAGUGUCUUCCUGCUUUAUUUAGCUGCAGACAAACAUUUCCUCUGCUUCUCCACCACUGAACCGGGUUUGGCUCCGUUGCUUUAAUUUGUUCUUUAGGCGUUGGUUUGCAGCUUCCAGCAGUAAAAUCAUCUUUAAUGUGUUUCUUGGUGUGUUUUAGGGCUUUGUACUGGAUAGUUGUCUUGGUAAAUGUUGUUCUUUAGCCACAGUUAGCACAUGCUGGUAAUGUGUGCAGUGAUUAGUGGAUUUGGUACAGCUGAGUUGUGUCUUUAUCUUGGCUGUAGUGAGUCUUCAGAGGUUUUUGGUCAGACACAUUCUGUAUUCUUGUUUGUGAAGCAACGUUGGUUGUCCAGAAGGUAAGAGUUCCUGUCCUGAUUCUCUGUUCUCAGAGGUUCUCUGGUAGGCUGCAGGAGACUUUAGUGUUUGGGUUGUACUAGUUUGGUUUUUGUACGGUUUCAUUUGGACGACUAUCUUGAGGCUCCUCCAUGUGGUUUAGUGAGGUUUUCUGGAACAGUUCUACAAAGCAACCUGCAGCAGAAGAGACUUUGAGAGUUUUUAGGAAGUUCUGGAGACCAGACUUUAGAGCAGCAGAAACAUUUGUCAGCAGUUUGAGCAGGAGAAGGUGAGCUUCAGAGUAGAAAUGAGGAGAAGGAAACCUUCUUGACCCGUGUGGUGAGGUCCUGUACCAAGAGUUUGAGCAGGUUGUGAAGAGUCUGUAGUUCUUUGGUCUGAAAGCACAAGAAGAGUCGACUCAUUAAAGGAGAAAACAGGAGAUAUUGUUGGUUCUUCUGUCGCUCUGCAGUUUCCUUAGACUGAAUAUCAAGUUUAUAUUUUAAAUGAUUUCCCAUGUGAGCCCAAGAAGACUUCAAUAAACUCCCUCCAUCCCCUGGACACAACAUAUUUUAUUACCAUGUUAAAUCUAUUUUUUUAAUGUUUUUGAGUUUUAAUCAUAGUUUUAGCAUAGUUUUUUCUCUUUGCUUGUUUAGUUUUGUCAUCUGUGUGGAAGGUGCUAAACAAAUAAAGUUGAAUUGAUAAACUGAAUAAUUGACUAACUCAUGAU